CCAAACCAUCCCCCUCUUAUCCCAAACACCCCACUCACUCCACCGCUCCAAGAACAACCAUGUCGCCGGUCACCGUGCUCCUGGCGGGCACCGCCGUGCCGUCGACCCCGGCGCCGGUGAGAAACGCCCGCCCAUCCGUAGGAUUUUCCUCCCUUUCCAGCGGGGGUCGCACGGCGCUGGCGGUGGAGUGCUCGUCGCGGCCGCAGAAGAAGGGGACCAAGCACCACAUGAAGACGCGGCCCAAGAAGACGCAGCCGUGGGACAUCAAGCGCCGCCCCACGCAGUACCCGCCGCUGCCACCGCUGCCCCCGGACUGGACGCUCGCCGCCGCCAGCGCCACGGUCGACGCGGAGGAGGCCCCGUCCCCCGCCGCCGCACCGGUCCUCGAGGUGGCCGCGGCCGCCGCCCCCGCCGCCGCAGACUGAGGCGGUGACGUGUCCCGUGUGUUUUGUUUCCCUCGAGCUCCACAUACAUGGUUCACCCUUGAGAUUAUGAAUUACCACUCCUGUUUGCGAUUA